AUGAGUCUGUCGCCCCGACCAGCGAUUGAGCAGGACCCGGACUCUUCGGUAGAAGAUGUCGUCGAGUCUCCACGCCCUCCUCGUCUGGGGGAUCCGUCUACGAAGAUAGGAGAGGAUCAGACUCCGGGCCAGGCGAAUGAAGGCACUGUCCUUGACAGCAUCGAGACCGCAAUUGCCAGGCGCAUCCAGUCUGAUCCCAAGACAAACCUCAAAGAGAUGCACACCCGCGUAUCCGCCUUCCCCGUUGUGCUUAAGGAGGGGCGUGAGGUCUGUCCCUUCUACAUUAGCGACUGCAUAGACUAUUACCGCGCACUAUACGAUGGAUCCGCCAGUGGUCAAUCUGCGGCCGCAAGUACAUCCCAUACUGAUAGCAGGUCACAAGUCCUGUCGAGCAGGAGCUCGCGAACGUCGGCCCCGUCUUUGACAGACGGAGGGCUCCUGAGCACUCUAGCGCUGGAAGAUCUAACAAACACAAUUGCGAUAAUCCUGCCGAAUGAUGACUCGAAACCGAUGAGGUCGGCGAAGAGGGACGGAAACACGAGCUACAUCUCCCAGGCGAUUGUCGAGCGGUGUGGGUUGAAAGAGAUUUCAAAAUCCAAGGUCGUAGUUGAGUUGAGGCACACAAUCACCGUAAACGACCGUGGACGAGUGUAUCGCGUUCCGGACUGCGUGUUUCGCAUCCGGCCCGGCUUAGAGACUGACCUCGCCAUUGGACGCGAAGUUCAAGAAAAGCUCCAGAAGCAUGUUGGGCAUCCAGAAUAUAGCUAUGAUCCUGACAAUUCAACCGAGGAUCUAGUGUCAAUCGAUGGCCGGCGAAAACCUGCCUCCAUAAGAGCCGGAAAUGUGGAGGCGUCGAGCCAUGCCGGAUCUAGCCAUCGUGGUUCGUUGGGAACAGCGACUUCCAAGGACUAUGUAGAGCUUAUCCAUCGAGUUUUAGACGCAGAUAUAGUGCAGCACCCGGCAGACGACGGAAGGGCACAUAGGAGUCGUCACGACCGCCACCACCUACCACCGCCAGAAUCUUCGGGCAGAAGUCGGCACCUCAACCAAGCCUCGGGCCAGGCGCCGAUAGCAUGGCAGUGGCUGACUCGCAAUUUUAUCGAAGGGCUUGUUUUCAAAGAUGCAUCUUUUUCGAUUGAUACAGAAGACUGCUUGGGCUCAGCUUGCGACGAUCGAAAACAUGACUUCGACACUGCGCCUAUAUGUUGUGGACGUUAG